AUGUUCGCUCGUGCUUUCGUUCUCAUCGCCUUUAUCGCCGCCACCGCCAUGGGUGCCAGCAUCAAAUCCACGUGUGACGAUGGAACACCGGGAUACACCCACAUUGUCGUCGCCAAAGACACUUGCUCUGCUAUCGCUGCGCAGGGCGGUAUCAGCGUCUCCCGCCUUGAGGCGGCUAACCCUGGUAUCAACUGCGACAAUCUGCACAUUGGGGAGAGGAUCUGCGUUCCCCCCGUAGUUUCACUGCUCCACCACUGGACUGAGCUCCUAGAGUCGUGA